AUGUGGACGGCGACGACGUCGCACGACAACGCCGUCGGCUGCUCGGCGUUCAUCGGCUACGCGAUCAGCAUCCUGCACGUGUCGAUCGUCGGCAUCCUGCUCUGCACGCUCAACCGCUACGUCGCCAUCGUCUACCCGCUGCGCUACAAUGCGCUGCUCACCCCCGCGCGCACCGCCAUGUUGAUCGCCACCUGUUGGGCGUACGCCGUCGCGUGCGGUGCGGUCGCUGCGGUCCAGAUCGCGUCCACCUGGCGAACGCCGACUGCUUGUAUCGGUGAUAUGCUGAUCGCGCGCUGGUACACGUGCUUCAUCGUCGCCGAGUACGUCGCCAUGUUCGUCCUGAUGGUUUACUGCUACGCCGUCAUUGCGAAGAUCGCCUGGCAGCACACGCGCCGGGACAGGACGACAGCGUCGUCGGCCGACAGACUCGACAUGACGGCCUUCCAAGCGAAGUUGAAGAUGUCGAAGACUAUACUGACCGUGGUCGGCUCGUCCUGCUUGCUUCUCAGCCCGCACGUGCUGCACCUCUCCCUGAUCCGCUUCUUCUCACCGCAGCGGCUGCUAGUGCUGCGCUCGAUUCGGCUCGCCUCUCUCAUCGCCAACUCGCUCAUGAAUCCGAUCAUCUACUUCUAUAAGUACAAGGAUUUUCGCCUGGCCGUGCGGCAGCUGACCGGCUGCUGGCAAACGUCCUCUGUGACUCCGGUUGAAGCAAUGCACGAAUGCUAG